AUGGAUGCCGGUACUGUUAAAUCAACCUACAGUUGCCACGUAGUGGCCUUAUCUUAUCCUGGUCGAGGCCACGUAAACCCCUUGAUGAACUUCUGCAACAUACUUGCUUCAAGAAAACCAGAUACUCUAAUAACCUUUGUAGUCACUGAAGAAUGGCGUAGCCUCCUCAGUUCGAACACUAACAUCAGGCCCAGUAACCUCCAAUUUGGCUCUAUACCUAACGUUAUACCAUCAGAGCUGGUCCGUAAUGCUGAUCCAAUUGGGUUCGUUGAAGCUGUCUUGACUAAGAUGGAGGCUCCGUUUGAGGAGCUUCUUGAUGGGUUUGAUCAGCCUUUGGGGCCUACUCUUAUAAUGACCGAUCCUUUGCUGUUUUGGGCGAUUGGUGUUGGGAAUCGAAGGAAUAUUCCGGUGGCUGCAUUUUUUCCCAUGUCCUCGACAGUAUUUUCUGUCUUUUAUCAUCUUGAUCUUCUAGCACAACAUGGACAUCUCCCCGUCGACUUGUCAGCAAAGGGUAAUGAAAUAGCGGAUUACAUCCCUGGAGUUUCUCCAUUUCGUCUACUGGAUGUCCCAUCCUUCAUAUUUGCAAGCAACCAAUACAUGCUUCACCGAACCUUGGACCUCGUUUCGUGGAUUCCCAAAGCACAGUACCUCUUACUUUCGUCAAUUUAUGAGCUUGAAUCUCAAGUUAUACAGGCUCUAAAAGCAGAAAUUUCAAUUCCAGUUUAUACCAUUGGUCCUGCCAUACCCACCUUGGAACUUAGAGACAAUUCUUCAUCAAGUAGCAAUGACAGUGAACUCAACUAUCUACAGUGGCUAGAUUGCCAACCUGAAAGUUCGGUUAUCUACGUGUCAUUGGGAAGCCAUGUUGCAGUCUCAAGUGCACAAAUGGAUGAGAUUGCAGCCGGCUUGCAUGAUAGUGGUGUUCGAUUCUUGUUGGUGGCACGCCACGAAACUUCUCGGUUGAGACAGGCUUGUGGUGAUAUGGGGUUGGUAGAACCAUGGUGUGACCAGUUAAGAGUGUUGUGCCAUUCUUCUGUAGGGGGAUUUUUGACACAUUGUGGGUGGAAUUCUGUUAAAGAAGGUGUUUUUGCUGGUGUCCCUUUUCUUACAUUUCCUCUAUUUGCCGAUCAACUGACUAAUAGUAAGGUAAUUGUGGAGGAUUGGAAGAUUGGUUGGAAAAUAAAGAAAGAAAUGGCAGCCAACACUUUGGCGACAAGAGAGGAAAUUGCAGGGCUUGUGCAGAAAUUUAUGGAUUUGGAAAGAGCUGAAGUCAAAGAAAUGAGGAGAAGAUCAAGAGAGCUCCAAGAAGUAUGUGAACAUGCAAUUGCUGAAGGUGGAACUUCUGAAAUUGACAUUAAUGCAUUCAUCCGGAACAUAUCACCAUGA